AUCUGCGCUCGAGCCACCGGAACCAUGGCAACGUCUACAGCAGAAGCAGAGACGCGUCAGAGGCUCGUGAGAAAUGUCAAGAAAGAGGUAAAGCAGAUCAUGGAGGAAGCGGUAACACGCAAGUUCGUUCAUGAGGACAGCAGCCAUAUUGUUUCCUUCUGUGCUUCCGUGGAGGCGUGUGUGCUGCACGGACUGAAGCGGAGGGCGGCCGGCUUCCUGCGCAGUAACAAGGUGGCGGCUCUGUUCACCAAAGUGGGGAAAGGUUUCGCCCCGGCCGAGCAGCUCUGCCGCAAAGCUCAGGAACUGGAGCAGCUGCUGGAGAGCAAAAGAAAUCAGAUGGGUUCGUCCAGUGAGAGUUCCACUAAGUUGCCCCGGCGGUUUCCCGGUCUUUCAUCGCAGGCUGCUCGACACCUCUGGAUCCGUACGGCUCUCAUCGAGAAAGUGCUGGACAAGAUCGUCCUGCAUCUGGUGGAGAACUGCAGUAAGUAUUAUGAGAAAGAAGCGGUUCUGAUGGACCUGGUUGACGGCCCGAUACUCGCCUCAUUAUUAGUGGGUCCGUGUGCGCUGGAGUACACCAAGAUGAAGACGGCGGAUCAUUUCUGGACGGAUCCCUCCGCAGACGAGCUGGUGCAGAGACACCGGAUCCACAGCACCCACUACCGACCCGAGCUAACGGCCAAGAGACCCGCACUGUGUAUCCAGAAGAGACACUCCAGCAGCAGUAUAGACGAGCGUCCGUCUCCGUCCAUGUCGGCCAGGGACUACGUGGAGUCUCUGCACCAGAACUCGAGAGCCACGCUACUGUUCGGCAAAAACAACGUGCUCGUUCAGCCGAGGGACGACAUGGAGGCCAUCCCGGGGUACCUCUCUCUGCACCAGACCACCGACACCAUGACGCUCAAGUGGACGCCCAAUCAGCUGAUGAACGGCUCCGUGGGGGACCUGGAGUACGAGAAGAGUGUGUACUGGGACUACGCCAUGACCAUCCGUCUAGAGGAGAUCGUCUACCUGCACUGUCACCAGCAGGUGGACAGCGGUGGCACCGUGGUCCUGGUGAGUCAGGACGGGAUUCAGAUGCCUCCUCUGCGUUUCCCUCAGGGCGGUCACCUCCUACAGUUCCUGACCUGCUUGGAGAACGGCCUGCUCCCUCACGGCCAGCUCGACCCCCCGCUCUGGUCCCAAACAGGCAAGGGCAAAGUCUUCCCCAAGCUGAAGAAGAAAGGAACCCAGGAGUCGGUGGACGAGGAGGACGAGGCCACAGAUUACGUCUUCCGCAUCGUCCUUCCCAACAGCCAGUCUGAGUUCGCUACGACAGAUGUGGUGGAUCAGGGGGGGAACAUCUGGCAACCCGUUCCCAGGAAGACCUCGUGUUCUAGGGCCAGCUUCUCGGACGGAACAUCGCCAGACGGAUGCAGCCACGAGAGGACUCCUCUGAAGCUGCUGUGUGACAACAUGAAGAAUCAGAUCAUCUCCAGAGCUUUCUACGGCUGGCUGGCGUAUUGCCGUCACCUGUCCACGGUGCGCACCCACCUCUCCGCCCUGGUCAACAAGACCAUCGUGAUGCCCGACGUGCCGUGUGACGCGUACGGAGGCCUUACCAGCCAAAUCUGGCAGCGGUUCCAGCAGGAUCGCGGCGAGUUUGACGAGCGGGAGCUGCAGCGGCUGGUGUAUUUCGGCGGCAUCGAGCCGUCUCUGCGUAAGGAGGUCUGGCCCUUCCUGCUGGGGCACUACCGGUUUGGGAUGUCUGAGAGUGAGAAGAAGGAGGUGGACGAUGGGGUGCGAAGCUGCUACGAGAAGACGAUGAGGGAAUGGUCGGGCUGCGAGGCCAUCGUGCGGCGGCGGGAGAAAGAGCAGCACGCCGUCGCCUUGGCAAAGUGUUCGUCUGCGGCCAGCAUGGACAACGCCAACCAGAGGAUGGUCCUCCUCGACUCCUCCGUCAGCACCGAGUCGUCCCAGAGCUGUAACUCAGACCAGCAGCGAGCUCUCCUACAGAGCGACUCCAGCAUCAGCACACAGAUCUUCGAGUCGGUCGACGAGGUCGACCAGAUCGACUCCGAGCCCAAAAGCGACGAGGUCAGACACACCCCGAAAGUCCUCGACGGAUCCGACUCCGCUCAGCCCUCUUCCGUCGCCUCGGGCCAGUCGGACUCUCUCAGCACGGAGGACAGUGGCGUCCAGGACCUGAGUGGCAAAACCUCCACACAAGAUAGCGUCACCGAGGAACAGAAUUUGGAGGCAAAGGACGAGGAAGCAGGUCCAAAAAAUGAUUCAGUAAGGGAUGGAGGAUCCAAGAAAAUACGAACACCAGAACCAAAGAAGGAAAAAGUUCCAGACUUUGCUUCCGAGCCUGAAAGACCGAGUCAGGUUACAGAGAAGAGCCAGGACGAUGUGGGCAAGAAGAAAGCCAUGAUGCCAUGCGUUCCUGUACCUGCUGUGGUACAGGAGAUUGUAGUACCGGUCGUGUUCGAAGCCUUCAGCCUGCGAGAGAUGAGCAAGGAGCCUCCUACCACCGACUCCGACGAUUCUCCCUCAGCCAUCGAGAUGGAGGACAUCCCCAUGGCCCGGAUGGUACCCAUGAAGGCCGUCCAGGAAGGCUCUUCUCUGCCUGGGAAGCCUGGGGAAAGCGAGAAGAACGCGACCACCACGACCGACGCCUCAACAGGAACUACGUAUUCGCAGGAGCUUCUGGACCUGUACACUCUGAACCUGCACCGUAUCGAGAAGGACGUGCAGAGGUGUGACAGGAACUACUGGUACUUCACCCCGGCCAACCUGGAGAAACUGCGCAACAUCAUGUGCAGCUACGUCUGGCAGCACCUAGAGAUCGGAUAUGUUCAGGGUAUGUGUGACCUUCUGGCUCCUCUGCUGGUCAUUCUGGAUGAUGAGGCUCUGGCCUACAGCUGUUUCACCGAGCUGAUGAAGAGGAUGAACCAGAACUUCCCACACGGUGGAGCCAUGGACUCUCACUUCGCCAGCAUGAGGUCCCUCAUCCAGAUCUUGGACUCUGAGCUCUUUGAGUUGAUGCAUCAGAAUGGCGAUUACACGCAUUUCUACUUCUGCUACCGCUGGUUCCUCCUAGACUUCAAACGAGAGCUCGUGUACGACGACGUGUUCUCCGUCUGGGAGACCAUCUGGGCAGCCAAGCACGCCUCCUCCGACCAUUUCGUGCUCUUCAUCGCCCUGGCGCUGGUGGAAAUCUACCGAGACAUCAUCCUGGAGAACAACAUGGACUUCACCGACAUCAUCAAGUUCUUCAACGAAAUGGCCGAGCAUCACAACGUGAAGCAGAUCCUGGCUCAGGCUCGAGACCUGGUACACAAAAUCCAAAUGCUCAUCGAAAACAAGUAACCCAGAGUCCCUCUCCAGCCCUCGACCCUCCAACCAUGUGCCAAAACUUCCCUUCAGACCAGAUCAUGUGCACCAAGUGCCAACGGAUCCUCCUGAAUCUGAUCAGACCGUAGUUCCUCUGGAGGUCGUUUAGCUCCCGAUUCAGGUCGAGACA